UCGAGGGCAGUCGUGAGGCUGCCCGUCGUGCGUGGUGCUGCUUAGUAGCUGGCCGUGUACUAGAGAGCUUCGCCACUGCCUGGCCUGCUGGCAGCCGGCGCGUUAUCCCCCAGUCAGUGGAGCGAAAGAGCCACGGCAGUGCGCGAGCGAGAGUUCGCGGUGACGGAUCGGUCUGCUCUUCUGCGACAGAGGACCCGAGCUAUAACUAUAACGUGAGGAGGGAGAUAGAUAGAGACGGAGAGAACGGACCUCUACGCGAAGAGAGACUCUAGCCGAAGGGGUUGGAUUAUCUAUCUAGGCCGUCGUGGAAGGGUCGCGAGCGCAAACUAUAUUUUAAUUUGAUGCGAGAAAGGGAAGGAACCCUCUUAUAUCGGGUAGACGAUUGCUAGACGACUGCUAGACUACCGAUUGCCCGUGUUCGCUGUCCGAAUAAAUUCAACUCGGGACCACCGUGCACGAGCGAAGCGCAGUUGCUCGAUGCAUCGGUGCACCAUCAGCUGCAGCUGCCAUCGCCGCUACUACCGCCUUUACGGUGCUACCACUACCACCGGUACUGCUACCGCCGCUAUUGCCGCCGCCGCCGCCGCCACCACCGCCACCACCACCACCGCUACCGCUGGCAAGACCUCGCAGAGAUGUCCACCUCGUGGCAGCCGACACUUCCUACCGGACGGUGGUAGUGUCCGGGCGCGCUGGACGACGCACGAACUGCGGUAGUCGAUCAUUGGUUUUUCGACAGAAAGAGUGGCGAAAGAAGGUGUUCGAUGGCGCUUGGUGGUCGUUCCCCGUCGUGCGAGCAAAGGUGGUCGUCGAGCCUCGUAUAGAGAAGGCAAGGGGAUAAAAGAAGGGUCGAAAGAUAGGAAGAGAGGGUGUAGAAAGAGACAAGGACAGAGACAAUCGAACCCUUCUUUCUUUCCGCGUAUCAUCGCUAAUACACGACGCGCGCUUUCGCUUAGAGGGCUUCUUUUUCCCUCCGACGCCGCGGAUAUAAUACGCGGAUUCCUCGGAGGCCUUCACCGUCAUCACGCGCAUCGCGAUAUACUACGCGACCCUCCGCGACGCGUGUCACGUGAAAAGAGCAGCGGCGCGUCGUCAAGGGUCGUCGUCCUGACGUCGAACGAAACGGAGCGCGUCCUCGCGAAACGGACUAUAUCGAAGUAACCAUCAUUUCGCGAAAAGUACUCCCAGACAAUCCGAACCGUCCCAUCGGCCGACGGGAUACGGACUAGUGACCAGGUUGCGAUAGGAAGAGCGGAGAGAUCGCGGAGGAAGCAACCACUGCGGAGAGACCGAAGGAAGUAGUCAGUGGUUGAUCGGUUGGUUGGUGCCUAGUGUGCCUAGUGGGGCUGGUGGUGGCUCGGCUCGGACGGCCCAGGUCGCGGUAAUGCCUCGCAGCAGCGAUCGUGUCGCCAGGUCGCACGGUGUCGCAGGCGGGGUGAGGGACCGGGCCGCCGCAGGUAGUACUGGCGUGGGUGUAGUCGCGGCCACCGCGGGUAGGAUACGUUGACGAGCGCAGCCGACCCCGGUGGCACGUUGCUGGCCACCGUCGUCGUUGCUGCAUCCGCAGGCCAUGUAUCGAGGCGAGCCGGCGAUCGACCGUGCCGGCAGCGGCGGCGGCAACCGCAGUGCCGGCGACUCGCGCCGGGCAAGAUCGCCGCGUCGACGACGCGCAACGGCGGCCGCCGACCUGCCCGAGGACGCCGACGGCGAGGAAGGGCCCUACGGAGAGGAGGAGGAGGAGGAGGAGGAGGAGGACGAGGAGGAAGAGGCCUACAUCGUUCUCGACGUGCAACCCCGCCGACCGUCCGACUCCACGACGAGGGUGUAUCGCAAUGACGAUUCCUGCUACUGUCGCGCCGUGCAGAGGAGGCCGGGCAGAAGACGACGCGGAUCGGGAAACGCGCUCAGGAUACUCUUCGUCGCUGCCGCAGCUGCCUUCCUCGCGCUUGCCGUCUCACCAGUGUCUGGAACGACGAAUAAGAAAGAGGAAGAGACGGUGGUAUCUUCGGCCACGGAAGAGACCGUGGUCCUGGGCACGAGAACCAGAACGGGAAGCGAUCCUGGAGGAGGUAUAGAUCUAUUGGCAGCGCUGCAGCUGCACAAUACUACUCGGCAGGGCGUUACACAGGUGCCGGGUCUGGUUAGGCUGAGACCAGCUUAUUAUCUUCAGGGAGACGAGAGGGAGCUCCGAUUGAAUGAGGCAAACUACGAACGAGCGGCCGCGUUACUCCGGCGGGUUCCGGAAUUCACUAUAGUCGCCGCGCUGCGUCAAGAUGAGGCCAAUUCCGGGACGAUCGUCGCCUUUUCGCACGGGAACAAUAGGUAUUUGGAGCUGCAGAGCAGCGGUCGCAAGGACGAGCUUCGACUUCAUUACGUAUCACGCCGCGACGGAACCGUACACGUUGAGGCGUUUCCUUUUCGACUGGCCGAUGGCGUCUGGCACAGGGUCGCCCUGAGCAUAAGUGGCUCGCAGGUCGAGCUGCUGGUCGACUGUCACCCCUUGUACAGGCGACUGCUGAAACCUGGUCCACCCGACACGAAUUUUACCCUGCCGCAACUCCAGCUUUGGGUCGGACAGAGAAAUGUCAGGCACUUUCUCUUCAAGGGUGCCUUACAGGACGUCAAGCUAAUAGCAGGACCUCACGGUUACCUUUCCCAGUGUCCUCAGCUCGACUCAUCUUGCCCCACAUGCGGUCAAUUUUCAAUAUUACAGAAUACCGUGGAACAACUAAUGCAUAAUCUCAAGGAGUUGACUCAUAGAUUAGCCGCUGCAGAGGACAGGAUAAGCGAAGUGGAGGAAUGCGAGUGCCAAAAGUCCUGUAGGGCGAACGGUACCGUCCACGAGGACGGCGCGACCUGGAAAGAGGAUUGCCAGCAUUGUUCCUGCGUCCACGGCAAUAUCGAAUGCAGGGAAAUAUCCUGCGCCCCGGCUAUCUGCAAGCAUCCUGUCAUUCCCGAAGGACAGUGUUGCCCGAUUUGUCUCAAGGAAUGUAUGCUGUUGGGCAUAUUAUACGAUCACGGCGAGAGGGUCUCGCCGACACAAUGCAUGGAGUGCAACUGCUCCAACGGUGUCUUUAUGUGCCAGAGGUUCGACACUGAGAUCAAGUGCCCACCACUGCCGUGUCCUCCUAGCGAGCAAAUCAGCGUAGCGGAGGAAUGCUGCAAAUUUUGCCCAGGGGUGGAUUACUGCGUGAAGGGCCACGAGUGUCACGCUAACGCAUCCUGCCUGAAUCUCCAGACGACCUAUGCCUGCCAUUGCAAUAUCGGUUUCCAAGGGGAUGGUCAUAACUGUCACGAUGUGGAUGAGUGCAAGCAGCAAGGUGGAUCAGACGGUCAUCAUUGUAACGCAAACACGAAAUGCGUCAACGUGAUCGGCUCUUAUACGUGCGAAUGUCUUCCGGGUUACCAUAGAGUCGACAAAUUCAAUUGUGCCGAGCUGGAUGAGUGCGCGACUGGCCAUCACCAUUGUGAUGAGCAUGCCACGUGUGUGAACACUGCCGGCAGCUACUACUGCAUCUGCAAGGAUGGUUAUACCGGCGACGGUUAUACGUGUAAACCUGUGUGCAAUCAGACCUGUCAGAAUGGCGGCGAGUGCGUGGCACCCGGGAGGUGUUCCUGUCGACGAGGUUACACCGGCAACAGCUGCGAGCUCGAUUUAGACGAGUGCGCCAGCAAUUUACACCGAUGUCACCAGUCGUCCACGUGCGUCAACAUGCCCGGCUGGUACUACUGCCGUUGCAAACCCGGCUACAGGAGCGCCCUGCACGAGAGCACCCAGGGCACGCAGUGUCUCGAUAUCGACGAGUGCAACGAUUUGACGACAGAAAGGAUUCAUACAUGUCAUCCUACCGCAAAAUGCGUCAAUACCGAGGGCGGCUACGAGUGCGUGUGCCCGCCGAUGAAGGAUCCAGAGGAGUCUGCAGAGAAAUGCAGACUCAGCUGCUGGUUCAAAGGUCGCGAAAUCAACAAUGGCGACACUUGGAUGCAGGGCGAAAAUUCUUGCAGUAGAUGCACGUGUCAAGACGGCGUGGUCACCUGUAAGGACCUUGUAUGCGAUUGCAGCCUACCGGGAAGCCACAAGAAUAAAUGUUGUCCUCAGUGCAAUCCCGCAGCGUCCUGCAGACAUCAAGAAUUCCAUCACCUAGUCUUCAGGAGCGGAGAACGUUGGAUAUACCAAUGUCAGACUUGCGAAUGCCUGCACGGCGAAAUAGACUGCUGGCAGAUGGAAUGUCCACCGAUAACCUGCUCGAAUCCCGUGACCGAGGAGAGCGAUUGUUGUCCGCGCUGCGAGGACGAUCCCUGUGCACGAGAGAUGCUGAUGAACGGUACCGGGGUCACGGUUCCUAGUCAUCCCCGACCCUGCAGUUACGCUGGCAUCGUUCACGACAGCGGUAGCUCCUGGCAGGACCCCCACGACAAAUGCACCACGUGCGAGUGCAAGGUGCCGUACUGCGCCCAAUUGGUGAGCAAUAGCGCGUGUUGUGUGCAUCGGACGGGCAGCUUUGCUGCAGCUACGAUUACGGCUGUGCUGGCGAUCUGGGUAACGACAAGCAACAACGGCCUUCAGUUCCUGCUCCUGAGUCUCUCGUACGUCAUCCAUCAGACUCUGCGGUCCAGUCGUUGGUCGACGGUGCAUCGAAAGCAGCUGUACCAACGGUCAUUGGCACACCCGGCACUACACGCACCAUCACUAUCGCCGUCACCACCUCCGUCGCGAGCACCACUUCCCCCGUCUCAUCGCCCUCGCACUACUCGUCAUCCUCCACCAUCAGCAACGAGAAACCUUAUGAUCUCAAACGAGAUCAGACAACAGGUUUGGUCGCAUCGCCAGCUCAACGGAAAAACGCCUAUUAUGCUAUUAGGGCGCAACAGCAACAAGCAUCGAUCACGAGAUACCAAGAGUUUGUCAGAGGUUCAACGACAUCGUCGAUGGGCGUCGUGUCAGGACAGUCCGCGACACCGUCGCCGACGACGGCGAGGAUGCCGCUUCCGAUAUCCAGCGACGACAGAUCGACGCCAUCGCAACGCAGCCAGUCGACAAACACCGGCGGUCAUCGCAACAUCGCCACCGUUUCUUCCUCUUCCUCGUCGUUGUCAUCAUCGCCGACUUUCGCGAUGGUCUUGGCUACCUCAACGCUCGAGAAGACAGACCGAUCGUCGACGACGAGCAUCACGCAAAUUCGCCAGCUGGUCGGUCGUCGUAAAGACAACAAAAAGUCCAUUGUCCUUGACAGCGCCACUUGAGGACCGUGGAUUUAGAGGAAGAUAGGAAAGGACGUAUCUGACAAGGCAUUCUAGAUGGGAAAUCUUGGAGAAUCUCCCAUAGUCGUUCAAUGCGCGUCGUCCGUCUAUUGUAUUGUCGACAGAAGAGAAGGAAAUAGAAACUCACAAAGAGAUAGAACGGGAUCAUCAAUGAUCCCUCAUCAAUGAACACUCGACGCUCGCGGAAAAUCGGCGUCACUGCGAGGGAGAUUUGUUCCUGUUUUUGGAGCCUGUCUCCGUGUCUGAUAAUUUUGAGGAGAGACGGUCAACCUCUCGUCAACACAACUAGAUCGAUGAUUGCAUCGCUAACCUAAUUGGACCUAAUUUUGCUAGGUUUCAGGUUCUAAUCUUAAGAUCGAGAUACUGUAUCGAGUAGAUAAAGUCAUGUCAAGAUUUUGACAAGAUCUGGACCCGGCAUAACUGCGAGUCAGAUUUGAGGCUCGAAUAACGAGCAUGUUCAGAACGUUCGCUUUUCCGCUUAAUCUCUCGCUCGAGUUGCGGUAACUUUCGCCUUGAUCGCCAUCAUCAGCUGAGCGUCGAGACACGGCGCUAAUGGCUUCGAGAGAUAAUCAGUGCGAAUGGUUUCUAUAUUGAAGAUUUUUUCUAGAUUUAAUAUCAAAGAUUUGUCUUUGAUAUAUAAUUAACUUAUAAAUUUUCCGCUGAAAGCGAUAUAUUAUUA